AAUAAAAAUAAAUAAAAACAAAAAUGGCAAAGGCUACCAUUGCACUCGUCUCUGCCGCCAUCUGCUUCUUAGCCUUUGCCGGCUUCGCCGCCGGCAAACCCGGCGAGAAAUUCACAGUGGAAGGCAGAGUCUACUGCGACACCUGCCGCGUCAAAUUCGAGACCAAAAUCAGCGAAUACCUCACAGGCGCGGUUGUGCGUCUGGAUUGCAGGAACCUGAAAACGGAGAAAGAGACGUACACGGAGGAGGCGACAACGACGGCGAACGGGAACUACACGCUGGAGGUAGAGGGGGAUCACGAGGAGGCGAUCUGCGACGUGACGGUGGUGAAGAGCCCCCGGGAGGAUUGCAAGCAGACGGUGCCGUCGCUGGAGAAAUCGCAGGUGCUUUGCAGCGAGAACGCCGGCUUGCACUCCUUCGUUCGCUACGCUAACCCGCUUUUCUUCGUGCCGGAGAAGCCCGAUCCAAGGUGCAAGAAGGUUCUGGAAGAUAUAGGGUAUCUUCCCGAAGACCCCACCUUCACAGGCCUCUAAACAAUCACAAUAUAAUUAUAA